AUGGCAUCGAUGGCGAGCAGAACCAACCCACUUCUCUCAUGCCUGCCUUACAUUUUCACCUGGAGAAGAUUCGGAUUCCGUACAAUUUGCAGUGGUCGUCUCGGUUUUGCCCCGUCGACUUCUCCGUCGGCGUCACCCGCGGAUUCCGAAGGUGCACCCUCUGGAGAGCCUGGAGUGAAAGUCCUCGAAACUUUUAGAGAAGAGUUCGAGAUCGGAUCAAAACAAAUUACGCUAGAAACGGGGAAGAUUGCUCGGUUCGCCAACGGUGCAGUCGUUUUAGCCAUGGAAGAGACCAAAGUAUUAUCCACCGUCACUUCGGCUAAAGGCGAUGCUGUUCGUGAUUUCUUGCCUCUCACUGUGGAUUAUCAAGAGAAGCAGUUCGCUCAGGGUGUGAUCCCAACCACCUUCAUGCGGAGGGAGGGUGCUCCAAAAGAACGUGAACUUUUAUGUGGUCGUCUCAUUGAUCGACCUAUACGACCACUUUUUCCUGCUGGAUUUUACCAUGAGGUCCAGGUAAUGGCAACUGUCCUUUCUUCUGACGGGAAACAAGAUCCAGAUGUAAUGGCAGCUAACGCGACAUCCACUGCUCUUAUGUUAUCAGACAUACCUUGGGCUGGCCCGAUUGGAGUGAUACGUAUUGGCAGGAUUUGUGGGCAAUUUAUCGUUAAUCCAAGUAUGGAUGAGGUAGUACUUCUGAAGAGGCCAUCCUACCACUAG